GGUCCUUUCCUCCUUCAUCAAGCAUCGAGUAUUACCUUGCCAAUUCCAGUCUAGACAUUGCUUGUGAUCUAGGGUCUCUUGGCCUCUUGCAUUCAAGGUUCAACUAUUAACCGGCAACCCGUCAUCAUUAUUCUUGUUCCACCCACCCAACAUCCACCAUCCACCAUCCAAAAUCCUUCCUCCACUCAAAGUUUGACUUGCACUUUGACUUUUGCCUACUCCCAGUCUACCAACCCACCACCCAUUGAAAAUCCUCAAAGAUCCGGCCUUGGUGUUUCUACUACCUCCGCUCCCAGUUCUUGUCCAUUUGUCCAUGCUGUUUGCGACGGGUACAUAAAUUUCUUGGUUGUACAUGAUCUAAUCGAAUCAACUAGAGAAGAUUCGAGCAAAGAAUCUUCAAAUACUUCAUUUUGCAAAAACAGCCAAAAUUGCAUACUGUACUUGCAUACUGUACCCUACUUUGCACGAUUAAUUACUCACCUCGUUUGCAGUUUCUAUCUUCUCUUUGCUGGAUAUCCAAUCCGAUGGUUGAUCAUUCAUCGAUUGGUGCAAAACUUAUCAUCUCGGCUUCUUAUUCCGUUUAGUUUGCUCUCUUACUGUGUUGUAUCCGCUUUUGACUCAAGAGAAACGCUCCGAAAGCCCCACCAUCAAACCUCCAAAUUCUCCUUUCAGAAUCAACCUUCACACUUACAACCUGCCCCGACUUUCGUGAAGGCUCCGGAGGGCUAUCCUCGACCAUAGUGCAAUUGCUCCAACAUCCUAUACCCCCCCAUCACUCUCACUAUGGCUGAACCUCAAGCACCAUCGUCGUCUACUCAGGCCGCCCCGCUUGGCUCUGCACCUUUCAAAUUGAACGGCAAAUCCUCUACUGAAGGUUCCCCACAAGUCCGGUUCGCCGCGGUCAACGAGCAGAUAGCACCGGAUGCAAGCUUCGCUGGUCUGGAUCAUAGCACGGCUGUGCAGAACAUGUCAAAUAAGGAGCAGGUAGAUUUAGAUCAGCUAUCGAAAUCACUUCAAGGAACUCAUCUACAAGAACGUCGCAUGAGCCAAUUUGCAUUCGAGCCUGUGUCUCUACCAGCUUCGAGAAUACCCUCAACCGAAGAGAAUUCGCGAGAAGCUAGCCGAUAUAACACACACAGUUCUUCGAGUCGACCCUCCCCCCAUCAAAGUCCUCGAACGUCAUCCAUGCAUUCUCCACCCAUAACCCCUGCUGCAACACGAUCGAGAGAUGCUCCGACCGAAGCAGCAAAGGGGGUUCCUGUCCAGAAAGUGGCUGCGGAGGGAGAUCCGGCAGCUAUGACACCUCAGAUUUCACCACCUAGAACCUCACCCUCAACUACAAACGCUGAUGCCUCUCGACCUGGAUCAUCUGGGCAAAUAAUGACUAGCCCUAAUAGCAAUUCGAACGAAUCAGUUCGAUCAAAACCACAUCAUACUUUUUCGAUUGGUCCAACUGCAAACGACACCUCUGUUCCUGCAUCUCGAGAACCUAGUCCCACCCGUUCUGCUACUCCCUCGGCCUACAGCAGACCUUUUACACCAGCCGGUGAUAUAGAUGAUCCUUACGCAGCAUCUAGAAGAGUCCCGCAGCCCAAGAAUGCCGAGGCUAUCGAGUCAAGGUUCAGAUUCGGCGCGGUAGGCGCAAAGAACCGACAAUCUCCAAGCUCAUCCACAACUAGCUUGCCUAGAUCCUCCAGAAGUGCCGCAGACGGAAAGACACCAGCACAAGGCGUCGAGAAACGACACACUGGAUUGUUCGGACAUAAAAAUCAUUUAUCAGGUGUCCACGAUGAUAGUACAUCAACAAUACACAAAACUCAUGGUUCCAUGUCAGAGCUCAAACGAUUCUUGAAAAUUGGUCAACACAAAGCCAAGCGUGCUGGUUCUCCAACACCAUCAACUAAAUCCGGUUCUUCAAUAAACAAAUCAUCGCCAUCUGGCAAGGGACAGCAGCUUCCAUUUGGUGAUGAUCACGGGCUAACUUCGAAAUAUGGCAAGUUUGGAAAGGUUCUUGGAGCUGGAGCUGGAGGCUCCGUACGUCUCAUGAAGCGAAGCAGUGAUGGUAAAACGUUCGCCGUAAAGGAGUUUCGCGCCAGGCAUUCAUAUGAAUCAGAAAAGGAAUACACGAAGAAAGUGACUGCCGAAUUCUGUAUAGGAUCAACUCUACAUCAUGGUAACAUUAUUGAAACAUUGGAUAUUGUGCAGGAGAAAGGAAAAUGGUACGAGGUUAUGGAAUAUGCACCUUACGAUCUAUUUGCCGUUGUCAUGACUGGCAAAAUGUCGAAAGAAGAGGUUACCUGCUCAUUUCUCCAGAUUUUGAGUGGUGUCACAUACUUGCAUAGUAUGGGCCUAGCCCAUCGAGAUCUGAAACUUGAUAACGUGGUGGUCAACCAAUAUGGUAUCAUGAAGAUUAUCGAUUUUGGCAGUGCUAGCGUGUUCUUGUAUCCCUUUGAAGGAGGUAUCACGCUAUCCAGUGGUAUUGUUGGCUCCGAUCCUUAUCUCGCCCCAGAGGUGUAUGACGAGAAGAGAUAUGACCCACAGCCAGCUGAUAUCUGGUCCCUUGCAAUCAUCUUCUGUUGCAUGUCUUUACGUCGAUUCCCAUGGAAAAUGCCUAGAAUGACAGAUAAUUCCUUCAAAUUAUUUGCCUCUCCUCCAUCACCAAGACCAGAACAUCAUAAUGGAACAGUCACACCAACCACAAAGGAGUCGGAUACCAAAUCUUCUCAUUCGAAAAACGGCCAAAACGGCCCUAACGGCUGCGGCUCUGAUGUUGAUAUGCUCACCUUGAUUAAUUCUAUUGAAUCAAAGAAGCCUCCUGAGCCACCAAAGCCAGAAGUGAUCAAAGGACCAGAUAGAUUACUUCGUCUCCUACCCAGAGAGAGUAGAGAGAUUAUCGGAUUGAUGUUGAAGCUGGAUCCAAAGAAGAGAGCUACGAUGGGACAGAUACUGGACAACCCUUGGGUAAGAGAUACAGUGAUAUGCCGCCAAGACUCAGAUGGCAAACCUAUAUCAGCUCCAGGCCACACACAUACUCUUGAGCCACCAACACCACCUCCUUCCUCGAAAUAACGAAUUUUACGUAGCCUUGGAUGAUUCUCGAUUUGCAUAGUCAGGCUUGGGAUUAGGGGGCGUUUUGGGUGGGUUGGUUUACAUAGGGUGAUUGGUUCAUAUUGAUAGCACUGAUUCAAAGUGCAGUGCAUAAAGCUCAUUUUUAGAUAGUAGAGGAAUCGCAGUAGAUUGUAUAUCCAUAGGAGUGUUGGAGGUUUUAUAUUCUUUUGGAAUCAUUACUAGAUACAUACCUCGGGGUCGUUUUAGAUAGGAAUUUUGUCGAGUCCUUAUGAUAUUAACGACUGUUUUUAAUUAAAGCAUAGCUAUAUAUAAUUCUUGAUAUAACGAUUGCA